GCCGACGGUAUCGUGCAGAGUUGGGCGGCGAGAGCACAACCACAAUGGAGGUGAUGGAGAUGGUAGUGAGGCGCUAUGAUGACUUUGGAGCUAGCAGUAGUCAACGAGAUAGACGAUGAUGGUGGAUCGAUAGCAACGACGAGGUUGGUAAUCUAUGCAGAGAUGACAGGUGUCAAAUACUGGAGCGACAACGAGAUUUUCUGGAUUCUGCGAUGGCAUUGCUGAGGAGAUAUGCGGGAGGUAGAGGAGAUUGCAGGGGCUGUCAUUUGGGAGCCAUCGAGAAGGAAACAUGUUUUUCUUUGUGUUUGUUUGAUUCCCCCAGCAUUUUCUCUUCCUGCCUCUCUAUCGCAGUCGAUGAAGUGGAAGAAGAAAGCAGAGAUCUCUAACAUCAUAUGAACUGUAAGUUCUCUUUAAUUAUUUUUCUUUUGAUUUUUUUUUCUUUCAUUUGACGGGUACUUCUUUCUAUUUGGUUUUCCGUUUGGUUUGUUAUUCAGUUUGGUUUCACCAUUUAUCCUGUUAGACUCUUAGUACUCAUGGAAACAAAUGGGUUGGAAUUGAUUUUAUCUUGGCAUUACAUUGAUUGUUUGCAGCUACUACUCUCGAUGUACAUGCAUCAUAUCACCUAUCACAAACCUAGUAAGAUGGAGUUGUUUCCAACAUCCCCUUGGAUGCAUCAGUACCAACGUAACUAUAUGUAUCUGAAUGCACAAGCAGCAGCCAUAAAACACCAGUGGACUUGCAGUGAAACUUCACAUUCUAUGUCACCGACACCCAAACUUGGCUUCUCCUUGUUCAUUUUCUUAUGAGUUAGCAUCCAAGAGCAUGUAUCAGAAUCUUUUUACGUUUAGACUUGCUUAUUUUGGGUGUUCUUUACUGUUUAUGUAGUGUAGGUGCAAGGUGUUUGGUUUAGUUUAAUUACAUUUCAGAAUAAAUUGCUUAUUUAACUGAUUCCAUACCUAAUUCAAUCAUCCAUUUGUAUCCUAAUGGAAUUCGUUUAGCAGGAGCGUUGUUGUUGUAAUGGAGUCUUGGUAUGCUCUGAAUCGAUCAAGCUAUUUUAGAAGUUUCAUGGGUAGUUCAGCUUGGAAAGGAAUAUCGGAAUCGAAAUUUGGGUUAAUUUCUCAUCUCUUGAUGUUUAUGUUGUCUCUUUAAACACUACUCAUUGGUUUGAUCCUCAUCUCUCACUCUCAAUUUGAUUUCUCCCUCGCUCUAGAAGAAAAAUACCUCUCUCUACUCCAUUGUUGGCAUGAAGUCCUUUCCUUAUGUUCUGCUUCUCUGUUAGUUGGAUAUUUUUCAUAGUUUAAUUAUGUUGGGUUUCCUUAUACAGUUUGUUGUAAAGUAAUUUUGAAGUUUGGGUUUUUUAAUUCAUGAAGGUGUUUUAAUUAGGGAAUUUACUAUUUUUGUUCGCAACACAGAGAAUACUUGAAAAGAAGACAGUUUCUUUAAUUGAACUUCAUGUUAAUCAUAUCCUGAAGGGGCUUAUAGCCUUCUGACUUGAAUUCUUAAACUGUUGUUGUGUGCUCCCUCUUUGCUUUUAGUGUCAGGUAUUCAUUAUUAUUCUAAAUCGUUCCAUUUAAAUUUCGUGGUUUAUAACCUGUUUUGAAUGCUCAACUUUCAGAUGUGCACUUUCUAUGUGAGAUUUAAAGCCCUACAACUUAGCUGGGCUACUAGAAAGAGACGGAGAGGAGUGGAGCUGCAAUAGCAUAUUAAAACUGAAUGGUGAAAUAGAGAGGGAAAGGAAACCUUGCAUUCAUGAAUCUUUCCUUAGGUUAUGCCCUUUGUUGGCCUAAGAUUUCCUUGCAUUGUUUCUCAUUUGUGGCUUGCUGUUCAUUCCAACAUUCUUAGUGUGGCUUCGUCUGCCUUUGCUUCCUUUUUCAAUUGUUUUGACCACACUUAUGAUGUUUAGGAUGCAAUUCUAUAUCUCUAUGUCUUAUGGAUAUGGUUGUGUCUGUUACUCCAACUUGGUUAGGCAUAGCUUCUAAUGCAGCAUGUGUAAGCAACAUUUAUUUUUCUCUCCACUUUCUGUCUGUAGUUAGUACACUAGGGGACAGGUUGGUUGUGAAAAAGAUGAGGAAAGCAUGUGUAAUCAUUUUUCUACUUCUAUUCUAGCUUCAUCGUUGUUCUUUGUGUGUUUUAUGUUUAUUAUGCUUUCGUUUAUAUUGUUUCAGUUAUGCUCCAGCAAUAGUCAACUGAACUAGGAAAAGAACAAGCAAACUGAAACAGGGUUGGUCGGUAUUCUUCUCUUCCCCUGUCAAUCGAGGAGUCGACAGAGGAAUAUGAGAGGGUCUACCCGACUUUCUCUUCCUCUGGUUUCUUGGUAUUGGGUGCAACUCCAAAGACAUUGUUUCCCUGGUUUCAUUCAAAUUUUGAUGAUUGCCGCCGAUUCCAUUUAUAAUUAUGUUUCCUUAUACUUUCUCCUUCUGGAUUAUCUCUUGGUUUCCUCUUCCUCCCUUUCAUCUAUUCAGAACUACAUACUCUCCACUUUUUAGAUGAACGAAGACGAACAAAAAAGCAACUGGAGAAGAAAAUUUUAAAAGGUAAGGAAAAGACAAAAAUCAAUUGAAGAACACGAAGCAGCAGGAGAACAUGCUUGGGAUUAGCCAUGAGAAUGGAGUUAGUUUUCCCUUUCUUUUUGCUAUGUUUUCUUGGCUUCUUUUUUGGUUUUCAGUUCGUCUUCUUUUUUACUUUUGAGAUCUGGUUGUUGCUCUCUUCUUUGAUGAAAGGAGACAUAUGAAAAAGAAGGAGGAGAAGAAAAAAAAGCUGAGGGGGAGGUAGCAAAUUGGCAGAAGAAGAGGAAAAAGCAAAAUCAAUUGAACCAUUUGCUUAGCCAUGAGAAUGCCCUCUGUUUUUCCUCUUUUUGUUUCGUUUAUGGGUUUUUUUGGAUUCAGUUAAUUAUCUUUUAUUUUUAUUUUUUUGCUUUUGUUUAUCCAACCAGCCAUUGACUUUUUCCUUUUGAUUCGUGGUUUUUUUGGUCUUUGACGAAGUCGGAUGGAGAAGUAGGAGGAGAGUAAACAUGAACGACGAGAAAGAAAAGACAAUGGAAGGUCCUCUUUGUUAUUGUUUUUUUUUUUUUUUUGUUUACCCCGCUUGGCUAUGGUCUGAACUCAGUCUCCUCUUUGUUCUUUUUCAUCUUGUCGUCUCUUUCCUUUUUUAGUGGUUGCUUGCUUGAUUUUAGGAUCCAGUUUGCCGUGGAUGCCAACACUCCUCCAAUUGUGCAGCUCCACAGGGUGAGACAAAUAUUGACAGAAAAAUGAUAGAUAAUGUAACUUUAUAAAAUCCUUCUUUAUGAUUUCCCUAUGUGAUCAAUUUAUGUUUCGUCUUUAUAAUUUUAUAGGUCUAUUGUUCUUUAAUGAAUUGCAGCUUACUUGGAAUCAUCGUUGUAGACGUCAACUCCCCCCACAUUCAUCUAUCGCGUGCCGGUACAAAUUCUUCACGCUCAAUCCUUAUGGGGUUGUUCAUUUGUUUGUUAAUUUCACCAACGAGAUUGUGCCUUCUAGAUGAGCUUACGCAAUUGAUGGUAUAGUAAAGCUGGUUCAUUAUUCAUUGGUAGCAUCUGAACUGUUUUAGAUUGAUUGCUUGAUUUUCAUUAGUCGUGCUUCUUCUGAGUUAUAGGGGGCCAUAGACCUCAAGAAUUAUAAUGUCUACUUUAUAUUUUCACGAAUAGGGUCUUUUCUCUUUUUUCAGAUGAUUAGAUCAAUUUCUUUGGUUAUAUCAGGAAUAGCCUUAAUGACAGUAUCAACCGAUCAGUUGCUUUGCUUGGGAAUUCUUCUACAACGUGCAACAUCAUUAUGUUCUUGAAUUGAUAAGGUUUAGAAAUGGAACUUGAUAGUAUAGAUGGAGUGUUAUUUGUGUGUGAUGGUUAAUAAAACUAGGGAUCAUUUGUUGUUUUUUUUUUUUGCUGUUAUGUGUCAUGAAGUUUUGCAGGUUGUUUCUGCAUCGAUGGCAUUAUUCCCCUAGUGAAGGAUGACAGGAAGGUCUAGAAGAAGCUGUUAGACGAGCUACACUCGUCUAACAGAGUGUAGCUCGUUUAACAGAAGCUAUGCAAAAGUUGGAGAAGCAUCAUGUGGGAAGUUUUCUUUAGACCAUGGUAAUGAUGAGGCCUAAUGACGAGACGUCGUAAUAGUGAAGUAUCCUCGAAUUCCUUAGGUAUGCUUUGGGUGCUUAUAAAAGACACACAGACAUACAGACAGACAUACAUACAUACAUACAUACAUACAUACAUACAUAUAUAUAUAUAUAUAUAUAUGGCAAAGGCUAGCGUACGUCAGGCGUACGCUGUAUGCCUGCGUUCACACUUGGUUUUUGCACUUUAAUAUAUUUCACAUCAGAACUGCCGGUUAUUAGUUUUUAGAUUAAAUGAAUUUUGUAGCUUGGGUUAGAGAAUUAGGGACUGGGGUUCACCCAUUAGAUGUUAGGGUAUAGUAUCAUGCCCCAAACUUUGGUUAAUUUGUGCUCUAAAUAGUAAAACUCGACGGCCAUACAAUGUACGACUGACGUACGCUAGCCUAAACCGUAUAUGUAUAUAUACAGUGGCGUCUUUAGUGCACUCACUUUUUUGGGUGCAUUAAGUGCACUCGCUUUAUAACCGUCAUUUUAAAAAUACGUUUUGUGUCAAAAUGAUGUCAAUCAUCACUUAUGUUGUGAUGAACAAUAACGCACAUGAAUUUGCACGAAAGCCAUUAAAGAUUUACUUUAAUUUGAAGGAUUUAGAGUUUAGAGAUUUAGGGUUAGAGUUAGGGUUUACAAUUUGGGGUUUAGGGAUAGAACUCAAAAUUGGAGGUCUAUGGCUUAGGGUAAUCCACUAAUUAGUUGUUAUCAUAUGUUAUAUCAUCAUAUUACACUAAUUCUACAAAUUGAAAUUCAAUUUGUCCGUUGAUGCGGAGAGAAUUCGCCGGAGAAAAGUUUGUCCGUUGAUGCGGAGUGGCCGCUUGAGAAAGGAAGAGAGAGAGAUAGAUAGAGAUAUUAAUGUAUAGGAUUUAAAUUUCAAAAAAAAAAAAUAUUUUUAAAAUGGGUUUUUAAUUCCCAAUAUAAUUAAUACAAAAAAGGUAAUUAAUAUAUUCCUUUUUUUCAUACCCAAUAUGGGUUUUUAAUCCCAUCCCGCAAUUCCCUUGCCUCUUGACGAUGUCCCGCUUGCUCCUUUCCUUUAAUAAGAUCAUAAGUAUGUCAUAAUCAGUAGGACUAAAUCAAUCCAAUAUUAGCUAAUCAUCAUGCUCUUUUUGAGUGACCAUUAUCACAUCCCAUUCUUUAAAACCUUGAAAUAACAGUUUUGCUCGAGAGCAUAUUUAAAAUUUUGAAAGAAAGAAAUAAUAAUGUGCUCAAAAUACCAAUAAUGAAAAUACAUCUUAUAAAUUAAAAGUGAAGCCCUAACAUUUGGGAAAACCUCAAUCCAAAAAGUCUUAUCCUUUUAAAUCUCCAGUCAUUACUCAUAAUCAUAAAACAAAUAACUAAAAAUUACAAAUGCUGCUUACUCCAAUCCGUGGUCAGACAUCUUCAGAAGUGCUCACGUGGUCCUCCUCUGGUAGCCUGCUCUCUCACUGGAUGCUCCCUAGCUCCUCCUCUACAACCUGGUGAGUGGGUUGGGGUCAGUCUACGUCAUUACUUAAACUUGAAGCACUUACGGGUAUUCCCUUAAGUUUUCACCUCAAAAAUCCGUGGAAGUUGUUUAUACUUCCACCCUGUAAAAUCUUAACUCUUAAAAUGUGGGAAUUGUUGUUACUCGCCACUCUCAAAAAUAUUAAACCAUUGACCGACACUGGGAUCCCCUCACUAACUAGUCCAGCUGCCCACCUCAUACGUAUGAGGGCCAACAUAGGCCUUUCCUUAAACCUUUUUAUGGGAGUAAUCGAUUCAACCCCAUAAACCUUAAGAGUAUAGCAUACUCUUCCUUUAAACUUCAUGUGAUGUCUAAGUGAUUCAUCCAUAUGUUCCUUAAGAGCAAAUUUGCUCUUCCUUUGAACUUUCACUGGGCGGGGGACUGGCGUUAGUGAACUACCUUUAAAUCUUUCACCCUAAUUUAAUUAGGAGUGAAAUACCUCUUAAAUGUUGAUCAUUUACACUCACCUUACUUCCGUCGGAAUUGGCUUUGAUUUUGCUCCAAAGUUUCCAUACUCGCUUCCAACCCUAUUAUACUCGUACUUGGUUGAAUAAGAUGGAGCAGCUUGCUCGGCAAGUGGAAUUUAAUGGACCAUCUUGCUUUGGUCAUUAUUGGACAGACAGGUCAGGGCGGAUAUGGCAAUAAGAAAAUGACGAGCUUGCUUAAUCAAGCAGCUCUCGUAGCAAGAAGGAAAAAACAGGGCGCGCGAUCCGUCCUCCGCCGGCUUCAAAUCGUCCACAUCAGACGUAACAAUGAUCACUAGACGAGCUUGCUUAAGCAAGCAACUCUCGUGGUAGUGGGAGAACAACUCCUCCCCUGCCACCUCGAGGCAAUAGAAUUGACAAUGAGAUUAACCCCAUCCUCCAUACGGGCCAGGGUUGCGAUAGCAAUGACAAGGAGACGAGCUUGCUUAAGCGAGCAGCUCUCAUAUAGUGGGAACUUCCACCCCUUGGACGAUGGCCAAACUCCCAAGUGCCGAGAGCUAGUUGUUUCGGUUGAGGCUGCGAGGGUUUUAUUAGGUUUUAGAGUGAGACCGAGUGGGGUUAGGUAAGCGUGGUUUAAUUAGUCAAAGGAUACUGGUGAGUUUAGCCCGGAACUUAAUUGACGUCCGUAAUUGUCACACGAAUCGUUUGAACUAUUAGUUCACAUUUUUAAUCCUCAUCGAUAAUACGGUGGAACUUGACCCACGGGUAUAAUAGUCAUUUUGACUUUUGGGAAGAGCGGGGUGUAACACUUCCUUUAAACUUUCACUGGGGCAGGGGACUGACGUUAGUGAACUACCUUUAAAUAUUUCACCCUAAAUUAAUUAGGAGUGAAAUACCUCUUAAAUGUUGAUCCUUAAAGAUCAAACAACCUUCAUUAAAUAAACAUAAAUAUAAAAGGUUCAAGUAAAUAUUGAAACCUCAAAUAAUCAUAUACUUCACAAUCAUAACUCAAAUAGAGCAUCUAAGAUAAUAUCUCAAAUAAAAUAUGUUUUAUCAAUCACGACAUAAAUUAAUCACUGGCAUACAAUUCACAUAAACACACAUACUUAAAUCUCGCAAGUCAAAUACUUAAAAAUUCGUAAGGCGUAGAAUUUACCCACUUAAACCCCUCACCUUCUUAAUCAAAUCGAAUGACUUGAUCUAAACACCAACUUAUGUGAGUCCCUUCGCCUUUAUCAACCUCGUAAGUUCUUGCAAUUGCCACAUCCAAAUCAAGUAGCGCCCAACUAUUUAUGUUGUACCUUUAAAGCAUCAAAAGCCAACCCACUUCAUGACCCAGUUCAUGUCGUUCAGAGCCAAAAGUAAUCAUAUAACACACGCAUAAUAUUCCUAGUGAAUGUGUGUUUGCAUGGCUAGUUCCAUCUCACUUCACAAUUCCCAUACGUGGUUCAUUAAUCCCAAUUCUUGCCUUCCAUUUUGCUUACGGGUAAUUUCUUCAUUAUUAUAAUUACCACACUAACUAACCUCUCCCAUCUCUUAUAUUUUGCUACUAAAAGCCAUGUCCUAAUUUAUGGAUCCACCAUGAGAUCCAUUGCUUAUGUCACGUGAACAUGGUGACAAGGCUACGUCAAUGUUAAAUACACAACUACCAUAGAUCCAUCUUUCCAGCAUGAUUGUCCAGAAGAAAUGCUAAAUCUUAGUUAAGUACUUGAUCAUUCCUUAAUGUAAUUGAUAAUUCUACGUCCUGGUUAGCACUACUUGAGGAGAGACCAUUAUUCCAUAUUUCCAUAUGCCAACACCCAACAACCAUACGAGGCUACCCAACCGAGCAUUUUUCAACAUUAAAUCUCCUACCCACAGCAAAUCAUACCACCAUGACUGAAACCAGUAACGUAAAUCCAUCUAUAAUCCCAGCAAAAGGUUGUACUUAAUUACCUCAAUCAAAUCUCAUUUUAGUCAUCCUUCGUUGCCGCUAGAUCUCGUCACGGAUGUCAAUCAUCCGUAACCGGUAUCCUCCUUCCCACUCGAUCACAGCCACCACACGAGUUUGCCGAGCUCCCCCUGUAAACAUAUAGAUAUAGAUUUCAGGAAAUGGACUACCCUCAUCAUCCUUGACGAACUGAAACAUACGACCCUUACCUCCUUGCUUUGCUUUGAUGUUUCCCAGCAUCGCCUAGCUCACUUGUGCCUACCGACAGUGGCGACGACCAUAAAACGUGGAGCUGGAGUCAAGCAACCUCUUUCCAUGCCCAGCUGUUGUUUUUUACUUGUUCGGGCGUCCAUUUGGCCAUUUAAUGGCAAAGCCGGUGGAUAAGGCCUCCUCUUCAAAUCAUCAAAUCAAACAAUAAUUAUUAGGAGAUUCUCCUUAGGCACCCAUUCAAACUCCUUUUUCGUGGCUUCUGCGCAGCUCACGGAAGGACCAUGUUGUCUUUUCAUUUUAUUUGGCUGGGCCUCUAUGCCCUCUUCUUUCCAAUUCCAAGCAAGCGGAGAAAUAUGAGAUACAUCUACCCUUGAUUCUCUGAUGAUUAUCUUCCUUUCAAAAAAAAAAAAUUCUCUGAUGAUUAUAAUUUUCUACUCCCUCAAAAUCAAUUACAACUCCUAACAGCGCCGCCCUCUCUCUAAUUCCUCUCUAUCUUUAUUGGCGGAAAUAUUAUUGAAUAUGUUGGACUAUAUUGUAAAAGUAGACUUAGUUUAAGGACCUUAUUGUAAUGUUCGUUUAUGUUUAAGUACUGUUCUGUUAUUUCCCUAUUUACAACCUAUAUAUAUUGGAUUAAGAACAGUGUAAUUUUUUACUUUUGAUGAAAUAAAAUAAGUAGCCUCGUUUCUCCCAACAUGGUAUCAGAGCAAAUCACUUUCUAGAGAAUUCUUGACGUUUCGUUCUCUCUUCUUGCUUCCGCGUUUUCUUCCAUGGCGACUUCUUCCGUCUCGUCCUUCCAACCUCCGUUGCCGAUCUCGGCGACGCUUGCACCGAAUCAUCCAUAUUUCAUCAGUUCCGGCGACUCGUCCACAGCGCAGCUUGUCUCGGUCGUUCUCACCGGGCCGAACUACCACUCCUGGGCUCGGUCCAUGCGCUUUGGUCUUUUGUCGAAGAACAAGAUUUCCUUCGUCGAUCCUUCCGUCCCGACGCCUCCGGUUGGUGAUCCGCUCUUCCAGGCCUGGCAGAUGUGCGAUACACUCGUCCUUGGCUGGAUUCUCUGGUCGCUCUCGCCGGAGAUUGCACAGAGUGUUCUCUGGCUCAACACCGCGGUCGAGGUUUGGCGUGAUCUCCAGAAGCGCUUCAGCAUCGCAGAUCUGGUUCGCAUCGCUGAUCUCCAGGAUGAGAUCUACGGGCCGAAGCAAGGCGGUUUGUCUGUAAGUGCAUUCUUCACCAAGUUUAGGGUUCUUUGGGAUGAGUUGACGACUUAUCGUCCUGUGCGUUCCUGUGCAUGUGUUCCUCGAUGUUCUUGUGCUGAGUACAUGAGAGCAGAUCAGGUUAUUAGGUUCUUGAGAGGUCUGAAUGAGGAUUUUGAGUCUGUUAGAUGCUCGAUUUUGUUGUUAGAUCCUUUGCCUCCCAUUAACAAGGUCUUCUCUAUGGUAGCCCAGCAUGAGCGUCAAAUUAGGAUCCCUAACCCUAAAUCUGUCAAUCCUAUGGCUUGUGCUGUUCAGUCUGGUCUACACAAGGGUAAUAAUCAGUCAAAACGCCCUGUCUGUACGUUUUGUGGCUUGACUGGGCAUACUGUUGAGCGUUGUUACAAGAAACAUGGUUAUCCACCAGGUUAUAAGCCUCGUGCUAGAGUCAAUGCUGUAGUUAGUGAGUCAAUCGACACUAACAGUUCUGGUUCUAGUGAGAACGGAAGUACUUCUUCCGAUUCUGUUGUUUUGACAUAGCAGCAGUAUAGAGCUUUGUUUGCUCAGAGUCAUCCUCAGACUCUUUCUCUUCCAGUUCCUACUGUGAACUCUGUCACUACAGGUGUGUCAUUCCUGGCUUCCUCAGCUGCUUCCUCGAGCCAGGAUGGAGGUAAGGUUGUUCUUGCCAAUACUAUGCAUGAUAAUUCUUGCAAGUGGAUUCUAGACAGUGGUGCAUCUGAUCAUGUGGUGUCUGAUCCUUCUUGUUUGUUGUCACCUGUUGCUGUGUGUGAUGUGUUUGUAUCUCUACCUAAUGGUUCUCGAGUCCCUGUUACACAUGUAGGCUCGGUUAGGUUAAAUGAGCAGUUAACUCUUAAGAAUGUUCUUUUAAUACCUCAAUUCGGGUUUAACUUGAUUUCUGUUAGCAAAUUAAGCAAAGAUUCAGCAUGUACCUUGACAUUCUUUAAUGAUCAUUGCUUGUUACAGGAUCUGGCCUCCCGCAAGAUGAUUGGUAUAGCUAGAGUGAGCGGUGGACUUUACUGUUUUUCAGCAAAAGUACACACUCCAGCUCCUCUGCCUCUACCAACAUCUUCAACCUGUCCAGAUUCUUCUGUUUUUUUCUAUAUUGUUUGAUAAGACUGUUCAUGAUUUUGAUCUUUGGCACUUUCGCCUUGGUCAUGUAUCUUUGUCUCGCUUACAAACAUUGGCAUCUAGAAUAAGUGGAAUUGAUUCUAAAUGUACCAAACAUUGUUCUGUUUGCCCCCUGGCCAAACAGAAACGUCUUCCCUUCAUGGUAAGUGAAUCUCAAGCUGAGCAUAUGUUUGAUCUUGUGCAUACAGAUAUUUGGGGUCCUUAUAGUGUUCCUACUAUUGAUGGUCAUCGUUAUUUUUUGACUAUAGUAGAUGACUAUUCUAGGAAUACAUGGGUGUACCUUAUGCAUAAGAAAUCUGAGGUUCGUUCAUUGAUUCAGAAUUUUGUUGCUCACAUUCAAAACCAGUAUAAUGCUCGCAUUAAAACCCUUAGGUCAGAUAAUGGUCAAGAGUUUAAGAUGCAUGCAUUCUUUGAUUCCUUAGGCAUUGUGCAUCAGACUACUUGUGUCGAGUCUUCUCAGCAAAAUGGUCGGGUGGAGCGCAAGCAGCAGCAUAUUAUUGCUGUUGCUCGUGCCCUCUUGUUUCAGUCUUCUCUUCAUUCUAGGUUUUGGGGUCAUGCUGUUUUACAUGCCACUUUUUUGAUUAACAGAGUUCCUAGUCCUGUCUUAGGGAAUAAGUCACCAUAUGAGUUGCUUCAUAAAUCUCUUCCAGAUUACAGUAGUUUUCGUGUGUUUGGUUGUUUAGCAUAUGCUUCCACCUUGUCUCACAAUCGUCCCAAGUUUGAACCUCGAGCAGAUCCAUGUGUUUUCCUAGGGUUUCCUUUUGCCACUAAAGGUUACAAGCUGUAUAACCUAGCCACUCAUACUAUGGUUGAAUCUCGAGAUGUUGUGUUUCACGAGUCUAUUUUUCCUUUCUUCUCUAAGAGUCAAAACCUGGAAUCAGCUGAAUUUUCCUUUCCUGUUAUUCAAGUCCUUCCAUCUACUGUAGUUACAUCUAAUGAUGCCAACACAGUGGAUGGUUUAGUGCCAUCAAUGGCCCCCGACCAACAUUCCAAUGUCCCAUCUUCUCUUAUGUCUGAUGAGGAGGAUGGAGUUCCACCUCCUGAAUACCCUCCUGUUUUUGAUAAUGAACCUUCAGGCAGACCUGUUAGGAAUAGACAGCGUCCUGCUCGAUUACAAGAUUAUGUUUGUAAUUCUGCAGUUAGCUCGUCUGUUCCUUAUCCAUUAUCAUCUGUUAUUUCUGACACUAACCUUGCUAAUGGUCACUCUAGUUUUGUUAAUGCAGUAAGUUCUAUUUCAGAACCUACUAGUUAUCAUGAGGCAGCAAAGGAUGAACGCUGGAAUGCUGCUGUCAACACUGAAUUGGAUGCUCUAAUCAGAACAAAAACAUGGACCAUUGUUCUACGUCCCCCAGGUGUCAAACCCAUUGGAAAUAAAUGGGUAUUUAAGGUAAAAUUCCACCCUGAUGGAACUAUUGAGCGUUUUAAGGCUCGAUUAGUUGCAAAAGGUUAUACUCAAACUGAAGGUAUAGAUUACUUAGAUACUUUUUCACCAGUUUCAAAAUUAACAACUGUUAGGGCUUUACUUGCUUUAGCUUCAAUUAAAGGAUGGCAUUUACAUCAAUUAGAUGUAAAUAAUGCUUUUUUGCAUGGAGAACUAGAUGAAGAUGUGUAUAUGAAAGUUCCCCUAGGCCUAAAUCUUCCUCCUAAUUCUGGUGAUGUUGUGUGCAAAUUGAAUAAAUCACUCUAUGGUCU